AUGGUGAGUUUAGUAACUUUAAUAUAUCGAGCUUUUAUUGUUUUUUUGCUGUCUGGUUUCGUUUUGGAUGAAUAACGUUCGUCUAAAAUUAUGUUCGCUACAAACACAACAUUGUAAACAUCUGUGUGUAAGACUUAAGCUUACAUUUUAACUUUACUUGAUGAUUUGUUUUCGGUUGUUUUGUUGUUACAUCGUUUAAAUAUAAAGUUAGCUCUUGUAUUUGGUUAGCAGCGAGCUGUAAAAUCAGUGGUCCGUGAUAGCAGCGGGAUAUCUGACAUCUUAUCACUUCAUUCAGUUUGUUUAUCAAAGUAUGAGAUUAAACCUUUCUUUUUACAGGUGUGCCACAUGACAGAUUUUAGGGGGAAUGAAAUGGAUUUGUCUUCCAAAAACAUGUACGACGCUUUCAAAGAUGAAAUCUGGAAAGGUACGAUAGAUACGGAAGCCUUAAGCAGUCAGAUCUGAUCAAUAAUAGAGGCUGCACACUUAUCACCCAUUAACCAUUCUUAUUCUCUCAUGUAGAGCUCGGACCACUGGAUCCAGACUGGUUUGAAGUUCUGACAGCUCAAACUGUAAAUAAUGAGGACCAUGUCUCUGAUCAAGAUGACCUGUGUGCAAAUCAGGAGGGACAGUUUAAAGCACCUUUGGACAAAACAACAGUCAGUGUAAACAGUCAGCUGUUUUCAACCCCAAAGGUGUUCAGACACAGGACAGCUGUAUCUCCUGAAACAGAGAAUGAGCAGUCAUUUACAGCCGAACAAGGUGAUGUUUCACUUUUACUAUAACCAUUCAUUUAAGUUCAGAAUUUACAACACAUACAGUUGAUGUAACUGUUUGUGCACAUGAUCAUAAAGUAGUUACACUGAAAGCUUUGCUGGGUUUGCGUCUGAAAACAUGUUUCUCUUUGGUUGAUUUUAGAAAAGGAAAAAAUGUCGUGGACAGCAACACAGAGUCCAUGUUUGUUUACGAUGUCUAAAGAAGAGUAAGUGCAAUAAGUCUGACACCAUAGUGCUUAAAGGGAUAUUCUGACGUAAAAUUAAUUUAGGGUCAAACACACCAUAACACCGAGUUAGACACCCCUGAGAGAGAUGAAUGUUGCCGACUGCUUGCUUCUUUAGUUAUACUAACUUAAGUAACGACCACACGAUAGCAAUACACAACGGUCUGAGGAGCCAUAAACAAACCUCAACCACCAUCUCCUUGAAGUAAUAAUCACCAUAUUAAUCAUUUUGCACUGCAGACACGGUAGUUCUUCUGCCUUCGCGUCUUGAUUUGAUUGCAUUUCCAUGGAGUAAUAAUUAUAAAUGUUCUUCCUUGAGCUGCGUCACCCCGCUGUAGUCCGUAAUGGACUGGCCCGAGGUCUCGCUACUGCUGGAAGAGAGUAGGUGAGUUGUGUUUAGUCUCUUUGCUAAAGAAAUCAGGCAAAGCUAUAAGGAUGUUUGAUGGCUAGUGCAGUGGCUGGGACCCUAUAUGUACUGUUGAUAAAGUUAGGUGCUGUUCUGAGCAUUAUUUUGUGGCUAUAGAGUGGCGUUUUGGUUGAGGUUUGUGUAUGGCUCUUCAGGCUGCUGUGUAUUGCUAUUGUUCAGUCGUUACCACAGUUGGUAUAAAAAGAGAAGCAACAUUCGCGGGGGUGUCUAACUCUUUGACCCUAAAUAAAUUUUAUGCCGGAAUAUCCCUUUAAAAAGAUUUUUACAUUGUUCCUGUUUUUAACAUCUGUCUUGACUGGCCAUGUUAGGCUCCCAGGUGGAAAGUAUAACAGCAUCCAGCUCCAGAGUUUAGACAGUUUUGGUGAGUUUCAGAUUCAUCUGUAUUUUGUCUGUUUUAAUGACAUUUAAUAGAUGAUUUCUGGUUUCAUGUGUUUAUUUGUUUGUUUGCUUUUACCAUCUUUUACAGAUCUGCUUCAAACCCCACAAAAAUCCCCUGUAGGUGAUCUUUUCUUCUCAAGCGUUUGCCUUUUGUCAAAUCAAGUAUAUAAAGGUUUUAACUCCUUAAAAUGUUAAUUUUUUGAUGAUACAGAUGAGUUAUUCGCGGCAGAUAACAGAGAGUCUUGGUGCUCAGGUUCACCCUGAUAUGACAUGGACGAGCUCUCUGAAUACCCCACCAGGAGUCCCAUCCACCUUGAUUUUAAGUGAGUAAAUGACUAUUGGAUAUACGAAAUCUGUGUAUGCUGAAAGGUGUGAUUUGUUUGAAAAUAAGCAUUUGCACUCUGAUGCAGCAAAACCAGAUGAAAGUCCAUGUGCGGAGAGUCUUUCCCCGGAGAAAAGUGUUGUUGUGAGUACCCUGUCAUGCCAGAACAUUCAAUAGCAACAUAUACUGUAUUAUCAGAUAUAUGCUUUCAUUUCACUUGUGAGAAUCUUCUUUUUUUUUACCUCUCUCAGCUUGUCCGGGAGCUUUUCCCGUCUGUUUCUAGUGCAAGAGUUGAAGUGAGGUCACCGGUAAAUGCCGACAAGCCUACUAGUCCACAAGGUACCGUGUUUUACCUUCUUCCAACCCAGGAUAAAACAAAAAAUCUGAUUAAAGCUCCUGUGAUGAACCUUUGAAAUUUGUCAGUAUUGGUGCCCCCUGUUGAAAAAGGUGAUCUUUGCCUGUCUUACCUCCAACGUUACCUUCACUGUGGGUCUCUGGCAGGUUUUGGACAUGAAAAAUGUCUGCAUAGAAAUUGUAAAUCUUGUGCUGAUGGUCUUGUUUGCUUUUCUAUAUUAUAAAGCAGAAACAGUAUUACUUUAAGUCUUCUUUAUAACCUGCAAAAACUCCUCUCAGGAGCUUUAAGGAAAACUACACCAUGCAUUAUUUGUGUGUCAUGUGGUUUUGCUCCUUGAACACUCAUGAAUGUUGGUGUGUUAUCAACAGGUCCUUGUUCGCCUGAGUUUGUGGAGAAUCCAGAUGAUCAGAAUCCAGAUGAUCAGAAUCCAGAGUCCCAUGACUCUCAUCUGAAUCAGAGUGAUGAUGUUUGGAAACAGAAGCUACCAGAUGCUAUUGAGGACGUAGACGUUCGAUCCACUGUAGCGAGCGUCCUCAAAGGGGCAGAAACUGCUCUGUCGUUAUUUUUCACCAACAGUAACUCAGCUCUGAGAAAAGUAAAAACUGACAGUAACAAAAGAAAACAAAUCAUUCGUACAGAAGACCCGGACUGUAGCGCCGCUGAAACCUCAACAACAACAAACAACGCUGGACCUGAAGAACAGGAAACAGCUGAUCAGGGACCUGGAAAACUUCCCUCAUCCCCACCGCUCAAAACUGGUGACAACGGACUCACACAGUGGUCUCCGCUGAGUUUGUCUGAUAUCCCAUCUUGCACUGCUUCCUGCUAUGAUACUAGCACUGUUAAAGAAAUCAAAAACAGUUCAUUUACUGAAAAAAUACAGAAAGACUCAGACUCUGGAAAACCUUUGACUGUAACAGACUCUGGUUUCCUCAAGAAAAAGAGGAAAUUCAUUUAUUCUGUGAAGACCCCAAAACAACCAACUCAAGAGGAAGAGCCCCGGUCUGAGAGGACGGUCUCACCGCAAAGGAUUCAUGAUUCUGGUAAAGAUUUUUAUGCCUACAGAUUAAGAAAUGCUUGACUGUGUCCAAAAAGGCUUUUCUUUUUACGUCUCAUUUGUCUUUUUUACUUUCAGGAUCAGACUUGAACGUGAAACAGCUGGAAAAGGCCCCCGUUGAAGCAGACUGCUGCAGUAUGACUGAAAUACAGAACCCUUCUGCACAGGCUGAAGUUGAAGAUCUUGACAUGUCGCAGCUUUGCAGAGAUUUUGCACAGGACAUCAGCGAAAUGUCCGACCUGGAUCAAACGGAGGAUAUCCCUCAGAACGUCUUCUCUCCGUCAGCUUGUCUGUCAGCCAUGAAACAAGCCAAGCAGAAAGCAAAACAAACAAACUGUGAAGGGACCGGUGAUAUCAAGCAAAUUUCUACAAUCACCCAAAACAACCUCAUCAGUGAGGUGACAAUAAGUGACAGUGGAUUUCAGUCUGCUGUCACAGAUAUCACCCACAUGACUGCUUCAUCGUUUGCUGUUCCCAGCACAGAAAACAUCUGUCAAAGUCAACAGCAGUCUGGUUUGAAAACAGAUCUCCACAGAGCUGCUCCUCUUCCAAAUACAAACAAAGAAAAUGUGCAUUUGGAUCAUAUUUUACAAGCUGAUGCUAAACUAUCCUAUGCAAUCACUGACAGCCAGUUUCUGGACCUUGGCAGAGAGAGUGAGUCACACAUAAAAAACACAUCAAUGCUACAACCAAGCAGAGCGAAAGGACCGGUCGAUAAUAUUGAUCAUGUUCCUUUUAAUGGUCAAAUUUGUGUCAGUCUGCCAGAGAAAACGGCGCCGUCUCUUCAGCCCGCUCAUGCGGCAGGAUUCAAAACUGCUUCAAACAAAGGGAUACACAUUUCUUCAGCCAACCUGCAAAAAGCCAGGCGCAUGUUUGAGGAAGCUGAAGGAGAGAUGACUCUGGGGGUGAAGUUUGGCCGUGACACGACAGGUGGGAAUCUAAAGAGUCAGGAUUCGGUGAAAACAACAACAACAACAACAACCCUUAACUCGAAGCAGCCCCCUCCUCCUUCAUGUGAGAAAUUAGCCGAUUCGAGUUUCCAGUUAACAGCUUCCCAGAGAGCAGACGUGUCUGAGCUGUGCACCCUCCUGGAAGAAGCAGACAGCCAGUUUGAGCUCACGCCGUUCAAAACCUCAAAGCCAAAACAACCUUGUGCAGAUAACACCACCUCUCCUCAGACCGCGGACAAAGAUCUUGACCCUGAUUUUCUCGCGGGCAUAGACUUCGAUGACAGUUUUAGUCUGGAUGCUGAACAGCCUCAUGCAGGACCUGUCAGGCACCUGAACACUAACUCAAUUCCAGCAUUCAAUGUCACAAACAAAGCUACAGGUUUGUCACCGCUGAGCCUGGUGACAGAAGAAAAGUCCUCUGCUGAAGACGUGUCGGCCUCUAUCUCUGAGGGUGGGAGCGGUAUUAUGUCAGCUGAAGUCAAAAAUGCAGACAAAGCUCCACGAUGCAAAAAUCCUUUGAUGCUCGGUGUGGGAUUUAAGACAGCAGGAGGAGGAAAUGUGAGAAUUUCAAAAGAGUGUCUGAGUAAAGCGAAAGCUUUGUUUGCAGAUUUAGAGGAAAACCGUAAGGAAGGACCUGAUGCUAAAGCGCAGCAUCAGCAGAGCGGGGAUAAUCACUUGGGUAAUGCUUUGAACCAUAAAGAGGAUAAUUCAAAGUUCAAAUCUUUAGGAAAUAAUCCUGCAGGUAAAAUUCAGAACAUUAAGGAGUCUUUCUGUUUGGUUGAGCAGGUCUCAGGUGCGACAGAUGACACAACGAAAAGUUUAAAAAGCACAAACUCAUGGCAGGGUGGGUUCCAGAUGGCCAGUGGAAAAGGAGUUUGUGUUUCAGCGAAAGCUUUGCAAGAGGCAGAUGCUUUCUUUAAAGACUGUGACGUUAUCGACAGAAAGGAGAGCGUGUCUGAAAAACCAAGAAAGAAAACUGAACCCUUGUGUAGGAGUGUCCGAAGGUCUGAUUUCAAGGAUAAACCGUCUCCGGCACAUACAGCUGCUCCCCAUGGAAACCUUUCUGUGUCUGCAAAGGCUCCUCCGUCACUCUCCUGUACAACACCAAAGAAUAUCACCUCCUCUAGCAUCGAUAAAUUAGCAGAGGAUUCAAACAAACUGCUAAAACAAUCAGCAACUCAUCGUCUCAACUAUCACACUCAGGCCGCAGCACCUGAUAAUGUUGGUUUUCAGACAGCCAGUGGCAAAGGUGUCGCCAUCUCAGAUGACGCUCUCAAGAAAGCAAAGUCAUUUUUCAGUGAGUGUGAUGAGAUGAGGGAUGAGACCGGUGGAAAGACAGAAACACACUUCAAGACGCCGAUUCCUCGGCCAGCACCGAGGAGUGGAGGAUUUCUAUCGGCUGGUGGAAAGUCAGCGGCACUUUCAGCUGAGGCCCUUCAAAACAAUAACGCCCUCUUCAACCUCGAUAAGGAGAUCCCAUCAGUUUCAGACAAGAGGAGGAGCAAUAACAAAGAAGAAGAAACUGUAAAAAAUAAGAUUUGUGAGAAAAUAAAUUUGGGUUUCUCAACUGCAGGGGGAGCAAGAGUCCACGUGUCAAAGACGAACCUUUUAAAAGCAAAAAACCUUUGGAAAGAAUUUGACUCUGUCUCAGAAAAAGCGAUGCAAGAAGUAGAUGAAUUUUUCAAGGACUGUGACAUUACAGAUAACUAUGAGGCUUUUUCAGACAAGAAAAAACUUGUACAAUUAAAAGAGGAUCUAAAUGUGACAAACAUUUCUGAGAAGUCUGUAAACGGAUGCUCUGAGAUAAAAAAUGUGGGCACAGUUAAGAACCAUGAAAAGAUGAAACCCCCGUAUGAUAAAGAGCUUCACAAAACAUUUCAUGAAAAUACGCCGGGUCCGUCAAACAGAAACCCGCCUUUGAUGACAAAGCCGGUCUCUUCUCCAUUGUGCGCAGCAUCAAACGAUACUGGUGCCUCUGAAUUCGGCGCUGGUGGUGGAUUCUUCACAGCAAAUGGGAGGAAAGUCUCUGUUUCUGAUGAUGCAAUGGCCAAAGCGAAGUCUCUGUUCAGUGAAGGUGCCGCGUUUGAGAGUUCAAACAACCAAGUACAUCAAGAAAAAGACAAUAUGUCAGUGCAGAGAGGUGGAUUUCAGACAGCCAGCGGUAAAGGAGUUUCCAUUUCAUCUGCAGCUCUAAAGAAAGCAAAAACUCUGUUUGGUGAAUGUAAUGAAAUAGAGGAUAAAGUCGGGGUUACUCCAGCACAGAUAGAGACGCCAGAUUCUGGCCAAUCAACCAGGAAUCGACCGUUUUUAUCAGCAGGUGGUAAACCAGUGUCGGUGUCAUCUGAGAGUCUCCAGAAAGCAAAGUCUCUCUUCGAUGAUAUCAGUUUAAACGCAGAGACUCCUGCAGUUUCAGACUCAUCGACCAGCGACAAGAAACAAAAUCCAGGACAUCGUGGUUUCAUGACUGCAGGGGGAACAAAAGUCCAUAUUUCACAUAAAAGUUUGUUGAAAGCUCAGACCCUUUGGAAAGAAUUUAAUGAUGGGGACCUUCACGGCGUACAUCAGUCAGAUCCGGCAAAAGCUAAAGAUGUGACAACGACUUCAAAAUCUGACCUUACCACAGCCACGUGCAAAGAAAUGCCUCCUGAAAACAGUUUCCCACUGGAAGUUAAAUCUUUAAAUUCUGUGAAAAAUACUGCUCAUCAAAAUGAAACCACUCAAAAUUCAAGUUUAGACAAAAAACCAGCAGAUGCUUCGAAGCUGGUAGAAGCAGACAAACUCCAUGACAGUCCCAAAGGGGAAACAUCAAGUGUGUUUGACAGACUUCUAAAUCGGAGAAGCAGAAGUGAAGGUUCUGGCAUUAAACUCAUAGAUGAGUCUUCAGUUCUGUGUCUACAGUCACUUCACCUCAGUGGCUUCUCAGAAACCCAGCAGAAGAUUCUGGCCCAGGAGGCUCUGGACUGCACCAGAGCUUUAUUGGAGGAUGAACGCGUCGCUGGUCAGGAUCUCUCAAUGUCCACAGAAAACGCCCCACAGCAAGACGAGCCAAGAUCCUGUGAGGAGCACAAAGGAAGAGGGAAAAGACCUGCAGAGGAUUCAGAUGUGGGAGGUGAGUGUCAGUGGUAUUUAUUCAAACUUCUGUCCUCAGAUCUUCUUUGUGUUUCUAGAUCUUUCUAAAGCAUCCUUUGCCUUUUUUGCAGCAUGAAUACAUUUUAGACUAAUUCUUGUAGGAUUUUUUGUUUAUAUAUCCAGGGUUCCUACACAGUUGGAAUUUCCAUACUUUCCCAUACCUUAACUUUUGGAAUUAUUUUUGAAAAUACCUACUUUUCUAUUUUAGAAAAGAGUAUUUUAGAACUGUGGUAAUAGUCUAGAAACAUAAAUAUUUUUCCAUACUUUAUUUUUAAUUUUCCAUACUUUUUAAGGCCUGGAUGUUGAUCAAAUUCAUUUCCAUACUUUCUAUACUUGCGUAGGAACCCUGAAUAUCCAAUCAUGAGCAUUGAGUCUACCUGUUACAAUCAUGAAUUUUCUUAUUUUGAUUGUUUCAAAAUUUUCCAGGUCAGCCCCCUCUGAAGCGACGCCUUCUGGAAGAUUUUGACAGAACUGGUUCUGCGCUCCAACCAGAGAUUAGCAACUCAAAUGGUAAACCACUGCUGAAAAUAUUAAAAGAAAACUUAUUGUAACACUUUACUCAACACCUAUCUCUGUAUCCCAUUAUAAAUAUAUGUAUAAUGCGUUAUAAUCACAUUACAGCACUGUAUAAGUAUAGUUAUAAACACUCAUACAUGAUAAUAAUGCUUCAAAGCAAUAAUCAUAGCACAAUAUAAAGCAUUUUAUUAUAACUUACAAGGUCAGGUAUUAUAAUUUGUUCUGCUUAUUGUUAUAAAUCAUUAUGAUAAUUAAUGAGUGUUUAUAAUGAUAGUUAUACAAGUUUAUAAGCAAAUUUUAACACAUCAUAAAUAUAUGUUUAAUGCAUUAUCUAUGUAGGCAUUGUAAGUCGUGAUAAAGUUCUUUAUAAUGUGUUUUGAUUAUUGCUAUAAAGCAUUAUGAUCAUUUAUGUGUGUUUAUAAUUAUAGUUAUACAGUGCUAUAACGUUAUUAUAAUGCAUUAUACAUAUAUUUAUAAUGUGUUAUAGAGAUAGGCUUCAAGUAAAGUGUUACCAAACUUAUUUUUUCCUAAAAAUAACUUGUGAUCUGUAUUUUGGUGUCUCCCAGGUAUGAUGAAAGACAGGAGAGUUUUCAAGUACAGCGACUCGCUUCAUCCAAACAUCACGAAACCUCACAGGUAAGUUCCCAGUGUAAGUGUUUAUCUGUCUUAUACUUGACUGGAAUUGUCUUACACCUUUUUGUUUUGCAGGAAUGGGAACCCGUAUGUGGAAAGUAAACCACAAAAGACGGCACCAACGCAACUCUCGUCUUCAGGAGGAAGCAGGUCCAAGACGCAGGCGUUUGUUCCUCCGUUCCUCAAGAAUCCAAAGACAGAGAGUCGCAAGAAUGCAAUGCUCAGGGAAAACAUAAGAACACCUCCUGCAUUUGUUCCUCCUUUCAAAAAACAAAGAACUAUUAUCCAAGAGAGCUCUUCUCGACCAGGAGAGGGGGAGGAUAAACACUGCAGUGUCGCUGGAAUGCCAGCUAACAGCAACACUUACGAACCGCCCACUGAAAACACACAAAGCUUUGCACAAAGAACUGCUAAUGAAAGCAAAGACGACAAUCAGGCGGUGGCCUCAGAUGACAUUACAAAAGAUAAUCUGAUUAAGAAUGAAAAUCUACCAGAGGACUCUGCUGCAGGAGACACAUCUGGAAGUCAAGGUGUAGAAACCUUUUUGGAUGAAGUCAGUAUGAAACACUGAGAAUACUGAAAAUAAACGUGAAAUAACCGUGUGUUUGUGUUCUGCAGAAAUGUUGCAGGAUCUCCAAAACGUAGAGCUGGCCCGAGACAUGCAAGACAUGAGGAUCAGGAAGAAGAAGCGUCAGACUAUUCGACCUCUGCCGGGCAGUUUGUUUCUAACCAAAACGUCAGGAGAGUCGAGGACGCCGUUAAAAGCCGCGGUAGAUGGAAAAGCUCCUGCGAGAUUCACGCAAAAACAGGCAAGGAGAGAGCAUUUCAUUAUCAGCAGUUACAAACGACGUCAGUCAGGUUUUUGACACGUCCCUGUUCUUGUUUUUCAGCUGUAUGGAUACGGAGUUCAUCAGUAUGUCUGUGAGAUCACCGGCGAGACAGCAGAGUCGUUUCGCUUCAGAUUGCAGCACUUUAUUAAACAGGAAGCCUUCAUAGAUGGCGGCGGCGUUCAGCUCGCAGAUGGAGGAUGGCUGAUCCCGAGCAAUGAUGGGACUGCGGGGAAGCAAGAGUUCUACAGGUGACUACUUCUGAAUGUUUCAGAUAAUAGAUAUGAAAAAAAAGAAAACACAGACGGGUGGUUUAUCGUACUGAUAUCACCUCUCUCCGUGCCGUCAACAGAGCGCUGUGUGACACCCCAGGCGUGGAUCCUAAACUGAUCAGCGAGGAGUGGGUCUACAACCACUACAGAUGGAUUGUGUGGAAGCAGGCGUCCAUGGAGAGAUCGUUUCCAAGAACGGUCGGCGGCCUCUGUCUCACCCCGGAGCAGGUUCUCCUCCAGCUUAAGUACAGGUACACCGGAUUAAAGAUAACGUUAGUGUAAUGUCCUCCCAACCUAGAACUGCUUUGAACCAGCAGGACACCCACCCACCUUGUUUCAAAAUGUGUCUAAAUACACCUAUAUCCAAAUCCUUAAAAUGUCACUGUUUGAAUUACAAUCUAGAUAUGACGUGGAAGUGGACCACAGUCGAAGGCCGGCUCUGAGGCGGAUCAUGGAGAAGGACGACACAGCAGCCAAAACCCUAGUCCUCUGUGUUUGCGGGGUCGUCUCCAGGGGCCAGUCCCCCAAAAAACAGAGUUUCAGUGACGCCAAGACUCCACAAGGUGGCGACGCUCGAGUAGAGAACCCAUGUGCGGUUGUUUGGCUGACAGAUGGAUGGUACGCCAUUAAAGCACAGCUGGAUGAGCCCCUGACUGCCAUGCUUCACAAAGGUCGCCUGGCUGUGGGCGGGAAGUUGAUCACCCACGGAGCUCAGCUGGUCGGAUCACAGGACGCCUGCUCCCCUCUGGAGGCCCCUGAAUCUCUCAUGUUGAAGGUAAGACUAAAACCAGAUCUUUUAGCAAUCAAUACGACAAAUAAAUAAUAAAUGUCCUCAUUGAUUGUUCGUUUAGAUCUGCGCGAACAGCAGCAGGCCCACGCGGUGGGAUGUUAAACUGGGGUUUCACCGGGAUCCACGGCCUUUCCUGCUCCCUGUUUCCAGUUUUUACAGCAACGGUGGACCAGUUGGAUGUGUGGACAUUGUCAUACUAAGAAGCUACCCCCUACAGGUAUGUGCUGGCCUUCACUUCUCUAUCUCAACUGAUUCUCCUGCGAGCGAAUGUCUUAAUUUCCUCUGCGGUACUCUCUAGGGGUGGGAGAAAAAAUGGAUUCACAUAAGUAUCGCAAUUUUUUGUUUUACAAUUUUUAAAUCGAUUUUUAUGUUCAACAUUUAUUUUUUCGAAUGAAGGAAUAAAUCUUAAAAACUAACUUACAUGUGAUGUGUAGUUUUUGGGAAAAUAUGGUUCCUGGAUUAGUCAGUAGACAAUCGUAAUCAAUCAACUGUUUCACUGGUGAAAUCGAGGAAAUUGUCAAUGUCGUAGAAUCGCAGUUUAAAUCAAAUCGGCAUCCAAAAAAUCAUAGAAGAAUGGAUUCAGGAGAAAAAGUGCUCUCUCUGUGUCGCAGUGGAUGGAGAGGAAACCAGACGGAGGCGUCGUGUUUCGUUCUGUACGCGCCGAAGAAAAGGAGGCGAGACGAUUCAACAACGACAAACAAAAAGCCAUGGAGGUCCUGUUUACAAAGAUUCAAGCUGAAUUUGAAAAAGAGGAAAGAGGUAGGGGCUGUGUUUAGAUUAACCUAUUAUAUUAAUAUAUGUUGGAUGAACGAGCAUUGAAAGGUUUCCACUCUCAGGUAAAAGCAAACCUCAACGCAGAAGACGAACAAUCAGUCGUCGGGAUGUCACGAGUCUUCAGGAUGGAGAGGAGCUCUAUGAGGCUGUGGAGGAAGACCCUGGUUACCUCGAGGUGAUUAAGGAAUUCAUUUAGCCGACUUGAUGAAAUUUCCUCAUGAAUAUAAUUUUAAUUGCAGAUCUGUUUGAUUUAUAUCGAAGGCUCAGCUAAGUGAGCAGCAGCUGAACACUCUUCAGAGCUACAGACGGUCUCUGAUGGAGAGGAAACAGACUGAGCUGCAGGACCGUUACAGACGAGCUUUAGAGAGCGCAGAGACCAGUGAAGGGAGCUGUCCCAAGAGAGACGUCACACCUGUGUGGAGGCUCUGCUUCUCUGACUCCAGGGGACAUCCCGGCAGUAGUGAGUCUUUGUUUUCAUCUGGAUACAUACACUUUAGUUGUUUUAUUCUGCUAACAAUUUGGGCUUUCUGUCUUCUGCUGUUGUCGCUUUAGUUUACUUGCUGAAUCUCUGGCGACCGACCUCUGACCUUCAGUCUUUGCUGAAGGAAGGCUGCAGAUACAAAGCCUAUAACCUCACCACCUCAGAUGGAAAGAAACUCGGGGCGAACCCGAGUGUUCAGCUGACCGGCACCAAGAAAACUCAGUUUCAGGACCUCCAGGUAUUGUUGACACCAACUGUAGAUAAAUUUGGAAACUAUUCCUAAAUUUAGUGAGAAAAAUUCCUCUAACAUUUGUCUUGUCGCUCAGUCUUCUCAGGAAUGGUUAUCAACACGUUUUCAGCCGAGGGUCUCCACCCCCUUUGUGGAUCUUCAUAACCCAGAAUUCCAACCGCUUUGUGGAGAAGUGGAUCUGACAGGAUUACUCAUCAGUGUCAUCGAUGGACAGGGUAGGUGACUUAACUGUCUGAACUUAUUCUAUCACGAAAUACACGCUCCCUAAAUGAUUGUGUUCGAUCACACAGGUUCCUCUCCUGCCUUUUAUUUGGCUGAUGGGAAACUGAACUUUGUUAAAAUUCGAUGUUUCGGGAGCCUGGCUCAGUCAGGCUUGGAGGAUUUGGUAAAACCACGUAUCAUGUUGGCUCUGAGUAACCUGCAGCUGAGAGGUCAGUCCACACAUCCCACUCCUGUUGUGUAUGCCGGAGAGCUGACCACAUUCUCAACAAACCCCAAAGAGGUUCAUCUACGGGAGUCCCUCAGCCAACUCAGAAACCUGAUGCAGGUGAGGUGUUAAAAUCCUGAUCCACUUAAUGAGACAUAACAAGAGUGUUUAUAACAUUCUCCAUCAUUUUCAUUGUGUGUUUUCAGAGCCAGGAGAACUUCUUUGUGAGUGCUGAGGAGAAGCUGAGACUUGUACUCAGAUCUGAUGGCCCUCACUUCAUCUCCUCUCCAGCUCUGCAGACAGGAACCUCAGCUCCCUCAACAGAGAGAAGACAAAGCACAAAGAUGAAUGUAAGUUCACAGUUAUAUCUUGGAUUGUUGGAUAAAUCACUGAAAAGUAUUAACUAAAAGUUGACCUUUUUAUGCAGUUGAUAUCACAGCACCAAGCCAGAAAUCUUGGAUCCUUCACGCCUGUCAGCAGAAACCCUCCCUCAGAAACAGAGAGUUCAACAGAGAAGAACCCGAGCACACUGAAGAGAAAGAGAGCCUUGGACUAUCUCUCUCGUAUCCCGUCUCCUCCUCCUCUCACCCUCUUGAACUCGGUGAAUUCUCCAUGUGUAAAAAAGACAUUUAACCCUCCUCGAAGGUCUGGGACACCAAGCACUUUAAAACCUGUACAGACUCCAGCUCGCAAACCUGUAGACCAGCCUGUGGAGAGAGAGUGGGUUAAUGACGAGGAGCUGGCUAUGAUUGAUACUCAGGACUUGCUGUAGGUGCACAUGACUGUAUGAUGACAAGCACAAAAAAAUGAUAUAAAUAACUGUACAGAUGAGUUAAUGUUCAGGCUGCUGUUGUUUGUCUUCUUAGUGGACUCAUUAAAAAGGUUAAACAGUACAAA